UUCAACUUUUUUCUGGACUACAAACGUGCACAAAACUUGCGGUUUUAUGUAGACACAACAUAUGUUGUGGGCUAUCUCCAUUCUUUCUUCCUUCGCGUCUGUCUGUGAGUUCCUGUUGCCACCGGGCGCUGCUGUCGAGGCUGAGCCGCUUUCAAGGUCCUUGGCUUGCACGUCUAACUCGACUGCAUGUUCUGAGUAGAAUAAGAACAGUGUCUUUUUGUUCGCGUGCCAGUGCCGCAGCACUGCCGCAAAAAAGUCUAACGUUCUUUCGCUGUCGUCUUGAUGUCGCCAUAAUGUUUACCACCCCCUUCAAUCUUUCGCGACAACGGCGCGCCGAGCUGAAGGGCGCCUUUGACGAAUUCGACACCAAGAAGACAGGCUACCUGAGUCUGAACCGGUUUGUUUUUUUGCUCAAGUCCAUCGGCGUGAACAUUUCCAGAAGAGAUCUACUUGCCAUCACUGCUGAGAAUCGAGAAAGAGGGGAUUUCUCUUUUGAAGACUUCAUGACUGUAGCGUCAGUCGUGUACAACGACGUCGCGAUCGAGCGGGGUCUGGUGCAGGCUCUCAGACAAAUCUGCCCAAAGGGUUCGAAAACUGUGUCAACGGCAAUACUCCGGGAACACCUUUUGAAACUUGGAAUGGGCAUCAAACUCACCGAAGAGGAAGUCGACAUGUUUCUGCAGUUCGAGUGUGAUCCGAACAGGAAGGGUGUUGUCGACUUUGAGAAUUUUGUGUACAGGGUUUUACGCGACUAGACGAUGGCUCGUCCAUUUUUCUGGCUGCGGCAGGGAUGAAAGGCACUACCAAAGUGAAUACGAUGACAAUUGUGCAGCUUGAAUAGACACGCUGGUUUUUCGAAAAUACGCUGAAUACCGCUAAUCUUAAUGCGCACUUACACUGGGUUCCGACAGUUUACGGUGCAUAGCUGUGUAGAAAACGCAUCUACGCUCCACGGUCUGGCUUCACGCAAAAAAGUUUAAAAUGUCUUGUGUGGGAAGCUUUUUUGACAGACCCUGACGACCUAGCCAUGUGCCUUGCGAAAGCAGGAUGUUCUUUUUCACAGGACGGUCGGAACGGUUGCGAAAUAUUACUUGUAUGGACUUCUUUUGCGCUCGAACUCUUGUGGUACACUGACAGGUUCAGGUCCGAUAUGUGGCGGUUCCACCUGUGCCGCUGCUUUUUGAACUCCGUUAACAGGCACCGUUAAUUUUCCGGUUCACUGAUCCACUCUUCGUGUUUUUGAGCUGGGAUUCGUGUUACUGACCUUUCGCGCGAAUGAAGAGGAUCUUUCAGGCUUUUGCCACAACGUUCAAAUCUGGCGUAUAAUACUGAUAACAGACAAGGGAGGGCAUUCGUCUCGGUUGGCGUUUUGAGCCAAGCCUCCGUAAAUCGCACAGUUGAUAACAGACAAGGAAGGGCAUUCGUCUCGGUUGGCGUUUUGAACCGAGCCUCCGUAAAUCGCACAUCUCGUCGCAGUGUGAUACUUACCUAGGCGAAGCACGAGACGUUCACAAUUUCGACUUGGGAAAAUGUGACGUGUCUCUGCUACACAAAUCGUCGCGUUCUGUCAGACGCCGCGCUUCAUUCACAUUGUGUGUGGUUAAGAAUGAAGAAACACCAUUUAAAGAGUCAUUUUAUCGUCCUAUGUGCGAAAGAGUGACAGGCUGUUAGAGUAUUGUCACUGCGAACCCAGUGCCCUCCCUGCAGCCGGACGUGACGCG